CCACAUAUUGCACCUCUGCAUUGAGCGUGAUACACAACAAAACAAUAAAGCUACUCUGGAAAAAAUGCCAUUGUAACAAGAAGGGUCUCGACCCGAAACAUCACCUAUUCCUUCUCUCCAGAGAUGCUGCCUGUCCUGCUGAGUUACUCCAGCAUUUUGUGUCUGCCAUUGUAACAAAGAUGCUCAGUACUAUUUGCUUUAAUAACAAGUGAACAGCUAAUGCCUUGCUGUGCCUUUUAUUGGACGCGUCUUAAUGCCUGUACCUAUAACAUAUGCUGAAUGAAUGAGCAAUUUUUAUUCGGCUGUAAUGCAGCAGGUGAAGCGAAAUGCAGAGUGAAGGAUAUCUUGGAAUAUCCUGAUUCUAAUUGGCAACACAAUGUCUUUUUCUGCCAGUAAUUUUAAAUGCACCUUUAAUAACACCGUUUAUCAAAAGAUUACGAUAACAUAUAUGCCGAGCUCUUCUGUUGAUUAAUGAGGUAACUAUCAAAACUUCAGCUCAACGAUAGGGUACACAAUAAGGUGCAUAUCUAUUAUCACCACCUUACAAGCUGCCUUCAGGGUGCAGCAGUUGUAUUUCCAACCUUCAUUUCCAUAAAUGGCAAAUGUCCAUUAGGAGCUCAAAAAUGGUGACAUGAUUCGCGCAACAAAUAUCAAAUAUAAUUAAAACUGAAACAUUUUGGUUGCCUGGUUUGCGAGAUCCCUUUGCAAAGUGGAACCGCGAGGGGGAAUGUUAUUUCGACAGGGGCGCGAGUUCCGCAUAAGUUUUAGAUGUAAACUCUCUUCGGUGCAAAGGGAGUUAUUUUUCCUCAUUUAGCAAGAGUUAGCAAAGUCCAUUGCAGCAGCGUGUUCGCAAGCAGAACUUACUUAUACGACUUCACAGAGGUUGCCAAUUUCUUCCUCAGUUUUAUAUGUGUGGCGUCUGACGGCGCGGGGUCUCCUCCCACUAGUACUUGAUGGUGCUUUACUUUAAGCUUCAGGCUCACUGCUGAUCCAGGUCUGCAAGAGAGAGCUUCUCUCAAGCCUGCUCCUCCGCAAAAUGUCUGUCAAAUUUAUUUUCGUUGUUCUCGGCGGGAUUGUUCUAAGUUUGGUGGAUAAUGCAAGGAUUUUGCCAAGAGUUAAAAGACAAAGCUUAAAAGUGAGGAUUACUGCAAAGGAUGACAGUAUUGUUCUGCAAUAUCUUAGCACCAGCCCCGUCAUCAAGCUUCAAGGCUAUGUUCUUGGACUCGGUGGUCGAUUCUCCAGGCAGAAUAUCACGCUCCCUGUCAAUGGAGAUCCAAUCGAAGUUGAUGUUGAGUUCAAUCCCAAGUAUCUUGUUGCAGUUCAUCCAGUGGCUGAGCAGAACAACGCUGCCUUAGGGAAGAAAUGUAAAGGUCAUCUUGAUCUUCACAAGCCACCGCAGUUAACAAUAGAUCCUCGAACCCCUACCUCGGUGUUUCUGACAUGGACGCCGCACAGUUUUAAAGAUAAAGGUUAUAAGGUUGGAAAGGAAUGUGAAAUUGAAAGGCAAUUCACUGUCCGGUACAGAGAAAAGGAGCGAGACAAGAAAUGGAAAUAUCAGUUAUGCCCAACAAGUGAAACAACAAUAGACAAUUUAAAACCAAACACUGUUUAUGAAUUUGGGAUACGAAUAACAAAAGCAAAAGAGGAUGGCAUUUGGAGCAAGCCCAAGACCUACACCACUACCGUGACUCCUCAACCGAGAAGCACCACAAAUGGCCAAAGUAAAAAGAAAUCAAAUAAACUUGAAGUGAACUUUAACAGUGGGAAUACCAAGCAUACAAGGAAACCUGGGCUAACAGAGAUAACUAAUAAUAAUAAUAAUGGAAUGAGAAAAGUAAAGGGAUUGGGUGCACCUAGUUCAGCAAACAACAGAACAAACUGGACACUACAUUUACCCGAAAAGCCUAAUCUUAAUACAAAAGCAGUCAUAGGUGGCCAGUCAACUUCAAACAGUGCAGACGUCCAUCCUGGGAAAAGUUCAUCACCAAAACCUGUUAUUACAAGUAAACCAGAGCACACUCGUGAUCGGUUGCAUGACAAGGAAGUCAUAAAAGAAGAGACUACAAACACUGUCUCUAAAUCAGCACUGAAAAGGAGCAAAACAAGAAAAGAAAAUGACAAACCAGCAAUGAAGCCCUUGACAACUAAAGAAUCCAAGCUGUCAUCCUCAGCCACUCCAUCCUUCCCAUCAAAACCUAUGCUUAAUUCUGACAGAACAGAAAUUCAGUUCCCAGUUUUCCUCACUCCAAGCGCAGCUUCUGAACAUGAUACCAUGGAUGAAUUCACAGAACCUGAGAUGCCAUCUUCUACUAAAAUGCCAUUCAAUAUAUUAAGAACAACUUCAGACCAUACUGAUGUGGGCAAUCAGGAUCUUCCAGAAAUUGAGUUGCCAUCCUCCAGCAAUUCAUUUUUAAACCCUCCAGACACUCCAUCUGCAUUAGAUUCCAUGGGAACAAAGCAGUUCACAGAACCUGAGAUGCCACCUACAAGCAGUAAACUUUUCGAUCCAACAUCUGAACCUGAUGACAUGGAUACACAAACAUUCACAGAGCCUAAAAUACGAUACUCCAGCACCUCCUCUCUCAAUCCAGUUCCUGAAUCAGUUACUAUGGACACGGAGAUAUUCACAGAGCUUCCAUCCAGUACUAGUUCAUUUUCGUCCAGUUCAGAUAUGGUUUCCAAACCUGAUGUCGUGCACACAGAGUGGUUCACAGAACGUGUGGUUGAGCCCACCGCCAAUUCAUUUUUCACCACCUCAAAUACAAUUUAUGAAUUUGAUUCUCCACAACGGGAGCAGAUUUCAGUUCCAGAAUUUGGGAAACCAUUCUUGAGCAGUUCGCCUGUCAACUCUUUAGAAUCAUCUAAAAAUGAUGCAGUGGAACCAAAACAAUCCACAGAAUCAUCAUUCACCACAAGUAAAGCCUUCAUCACUUCAAAUCCAAUUACUGAUGCAGACAACAAAGUUCAACAGCCAUUUGCAGAUUAUGCACUACUAGAUUCUGACACUCCGAUUACUGUGUAUGAAGUUAAUAACCCUGAAGAGAAAGAAUCCACAGUGCCAGCCUUUGACACUUCUGAAGUGUUCACUUUAAAGUCAGACAAUGAGUUGGUGGCCUCCGACUCUUCACAUGUGUUCAAUCCAAUCACACAGACCACAGAUACUGAACCAACAGGCUACAUGGAGCCAACCGCUGAUGCUCCUAACAUGUUCAGAACAAGUUCAGGGACUAAAUCACAAAUCAUUGAUACUCCUGUGUUCACUUCGAUCCCUGAAUCUGUACCAACUAAAAUACGAGUUACUGAAGUUACAGACCAUACAGUAUCAUCUUCUCAAACUCCUAAUGUGGUCACCUUAUUGCCAGGUCAUAAGCAGCCAGUGUCUGACUCUCCUCCACAUGUGUUGAAUCCAGCCAUAAAAUCUGAACCAGCUAAAAUAAGAUUUAGUGAAGUCACAGAAGACCAUGAAUUGUCAACUUCUCACACAACUAAAGUGUUCACUUUAAUAUCUGGCCAUGAGCGGCAAGCCACAGACAUUCCCAGUGUGAUCAAUCCAAUCCCAGAGCCUGAUCCUGCUAAGAUAGGAGAGGCAGAAUUUACAGAAGACCAUGAAUUGUCAACUUCUCACACAACUAAAGUGUUCACAUUAAUAUCUGGCUAUGAACGGCAAGCUACAGACAUUCCCAGUGUGAUCAAUCCAAUCCCAGAACCUGAUCCUGCUAAGAUAGGAGAGGCAGAUGUUACAGAAGACCAUGAAUUGUCAACUUCUCACACAACUAAACUGUUCACUUUAAUAUCUGGCUAUGAACGGCAAGCCACAGACAUUCCCAGUGUGAUCAAUCCAAUCCCCGAAUCCGAUCGUACUAAGAUAGUCGAGGCAGAUGUUACAGAAGACCAUGAAUUAUCAACUUCUCACACAACUAAAGUGUUCACUUUAAUAUCUGGCUAUGAACGACAAGCCACAGACAUUCCCAGUGUGAUCAAUCCACUCCCAGAACCUGAUCCUACUAAUAUGGGAGAUACAGAUAUUACAGAAGACCAUGAAUUGUCAACUUCUCACACAACUAAAGUGUUCUCUUUUAUAUCUGGCUAUGAACGGCAAGCCACAGACAUUCCCAGUGUGACUAAUCCAAUCCCAGAACCCGAUCCUACUAACGCAGGAGAGGCAGAAUUUACAGAAAACCAUGAAUUAUCAACUUCUCACACAACUAAAGUGUUCACUUUAAUAUCUGGCUAUGAACGGCAAGCCACAGACAUUCCCAGUGUGAUCAAUCCAAUCCCAGAACCCGAUCCUACUAAUAUAGUGGAGACAGAUGUUACAGAAGACCAUGAAUUGUCAACUUCUCACACAACUACAGUGUUCUCUUUAAUAUCUGGCAAUGAACGGCAAGCCACAGACAUUCCCAGUGUGAUUAAUCCAAUCCCAGAACUUGAUCCUGCUAAGAUAGGAGAGGCAGAAUUUACAGAAGACCAUGAAUUGUCAACUUCUCACACAACUACAGUGUUCUCUUUAAUAUCUGGUUAUGAACGGCAAGCCACAGACAUUCCCAGUGUGAUCAAUCAAAUCCCAGAACCCGAUCCUACUGAGAUAGGAGAGGCAGAUGUUACAGAAGACCAUGAAUUGUCAACUUCUCACACAACUACAGUGUUCUCUUUAAUGUCUGGCUAUGAACAGCAAGCCACAGACAUUCCCAGUGUGAUCAAUCCAAUCCCAGAACUUGAUCCUGCUAAGAUAGGAGAGGCAGAAUUUACAGAAAACCAUGAAUUAUCAACUUCUCACACAACUAAAGUGUUCACUUUAAUAUCUGGCUAUGAACGGCAAGCCACAGACAUUCCCAGUGUGAUCAAUCCAAUCCCAGAACCCGAUCCUACUAAUAUAGUGGAGACAGAUGUUACAGAAGACCAUGAAUUGUCAACUUCUCACACAACUACAGUGUUCUCUUUAAUAUCUGGCAAUGAACGGCAAGCCACAGACAUUCCCAGUGUGAUUAAUCCAAUCCCAGAACCUGAUCCUGCUAGGAUAGGAGAGGCAGAAUUUACAGAAGACCAUGAAUUGUCAACUUCUCACACAACUACAGUGUUCUCUUUAAUAUCUGGUUAUGAACGGCAAGCCACAGACAUUCCCAGUGUGAUUAAUCCAAUCCCAGAACCCGAUCCUACUGAGAUAGGAGAGGCAGAUGUUACAGAAGACCAUGAAUUGUCAACUUCUCACACAACUACAGUGUUCUCUUUAAUAUCUGGCUAUGAACAGCAAGCCACAGACAUUCCCAGUGUGAUCAAUCCAAUCCCAGAACUUGAUCCUGCUAAGAUAGGAGAGGCAGAAUUUACAGAAAACCAUGAAUUAUCAACUUCUCACACAACUAAAGUGUUCACUUUAAUAUCUGGCUAUGAACGGCAAGCCACAGACAUUCCCAGUGUGAUCAAUCCAAUCCCAGAACCCGAUCCUACUAAUAUAGUGGAGACAGAUGUUACAGAAGACCAUGAAUUGUCAACUUCUCACACAACUACAGUGUUCUCUUUAAUAUCUGGCUAUGAACGGCAAGCCACAGACAUUCCCAGUGUGAUUAAUCCAAUCCCAGAACCUGAUCCUGCUAAGAUAGGAGAGGCAGAAUUUACAGAAGACCAUGAAUUAUCAACUGCUCAUACAACUAAAGUGUUCUCUUUUACAUCUGGCUAUGAAUGGCAAGCCACAGACAUUCCCAGUGUGAUUAAUCCAAUCCCAGAACCCAAUCCUACUGAGAUAGGAGAGGCAGAUGUUACAGACAUUAACGUACCUGUCACUGACAUUUCAAAUGUUCCAAAUGCACUCCACGCGUCUGACACUACUAAAAUAGAAGAUACAGAAAUAACAGACCAGGUGGUGCCAACCUCGGACACUAGUAACGUAUUUACUUUAAUGUUAAACCAUGAGCUGCCGGUUACUGAUGUGAUCGAUCCAAUCCUAGAAUCUCAACCAACUAGGAUGAGAGAUACAGAAGUUGCAGACCACUUGGUUUCAACUUCUCGCACUCCUAAAGUGCUUACUUUAAUAACAGGCCUAAAUCCUCUGGUUUCUGAUACUCCUAAUGUGAUCAAUCCAAUCCCAGAAACUGAGCGCACUAAGAUAAAAGAAUUUGACGUUACAGACCAUGAGGUGCCAACUUCUAACAUGUUCAGUUUAAUCCCAGACUCUGAUCCACCAGCUACUGACAUUCCUAAUAUCCUCAAUCCCAUAACCAAGUCUGAAGACAUAGGAGAUAUUAAAGUUGCAGAUGAUGAGGUGCCAAGCUCAGAUAUUCCGUUUGUGGUCACAUUAAUGCCGAACUAUGUGCUGCCACUCACUGAUACUCCUAAUAUGAUCAAUCCAAUCCCAGAACCUGAACGUGCUAAUGUAAAAGAUACUGAAGUUAAAGACCAUGAGGUGAAAGUCUCAGAAGCUACUACUAGCGUGUUCACUUUAAUGCCUGACGGUGGGCUGCCAGUCACUGAUAUUGCUAAUGUGAUCAAUCCAAUCCCAGAACCUGAGCAUGCUCAGAUAAGUGAUACUGAAGACCAUGAACUCUCAACAUCUAAGACUGCAAAAUUGUCUAAUCCAACCCAUGUUUAUAAUGCAGGAGAGAAAAAACAGACAGAACAUAAACUGCCAAUCUCUGACACUUCACAUGUGUUUAUUCCAACCCCUGUUUCUGAGAUUGACCACAUAGAAGACAAGACAUUCACAGACCGUAACCUGACAAACUCUGGCAUUACUCGUGUAUUAGAUCAAUCCCCUAUAUCUGAACGUGGUAACACAGAAGACCAGGAAUUGAAAGCCCCUAUACCAACAAAUUCUGAAACUUCUCACUCGUUCAGUUCAACUCCUGAACUUGGUAAAAAAGAAGACAAGGAGAUCGCAGAUUAUACACAGCUACAUUCUGGCAAUCCACCAAAUAUAUUCAAUCAAGAACAAGAAUCUGCACUUGAUAGCAUAGAGAACAAGGAUUUGGCAGACUAUAAGUUUUCCUCUUCUGACACUCCCAAUGUGUUCAGACCAACCCCAGUAUCUCAAAUGCGUAGCACUGGGAAAAAAGAUCACUCAGUAUCUGAUCCUCCAAAGGAUAGUCCGUCCAUCAUCACCUCCAUUCCAGUGCAUAAAACUAAUGCCAAAGUGGACCGUACAGGAGCUCAGACAACAUCAACUGGUAUUCAGUCGUCCUCCAGUAAUUCUGGCACAACGCAAGACAAACCGCCUGUCUUCAGAUCAACCCCAGUAUCUAAUAUUGAUGGCCAGGGGCAAGAAAGAUUUAGAGGCACUCAUGUGAAAUAUAUGAGAAAGGUAAACAUGCCCUGCUCCAUUACUGAAUCACUGAAGCAUUUUCCAGAAGAAAACAAUACAAAUGCAAAAUUCUUAAAUGUUCCACGAUAUCCACCUUCAAAUGUUACACUUGUGACCGUUGAAGGGUGUCCUACCUUUCUCAUAGUUGACUGGAUGAACAAUGAAAAUGACACUGCAGAGUAUGAGGUUACAUCACAAAUGCAAGGUCCAGACAACAAAACAGAGAAACUUGUUACUGUUACCAAUCAAACCCACGCUGCGGUGGAAAAUCUCAAACCAAACACUAGUUAUACAUUUUCCGUGACGCCCACAAAUGUGCAUGGCAGAGGCCCACCCAGUGACCCAAUUCCUUUUGUUACAGAAUCCGCGGACCCCAGCGUAAGUGAAUACAUACCAGGGAAAGAUGCGAUCUGGACUCAGUACAAAUUCAAAUUCGAUUCAUAUUCAGAAUGUCAAGGGAAGCGAUUUGUUAAACGGACACGUUACAGGAAAUUUGUUGGCAUUGUUCUGUGUAAUUCUUUGAGAUACAAGAUUUACCUCAGUAACUCCCUCUCAGGCACUUUCUAUAACAUAGGAGAUCUAUCAGGACAUGGGGAAGAUCAUUGUCAGUUUGUGGACUCUUUCUUGGAUGGUAGAACAGGAGAACAUCUCCAACCUGAACAGCUGCCAAUCAGACAAGGUUUUUAUCGAAGUGUUCGCCAGGAGCCAGUUAUGUUUGGCACAAUAGGUGGGCAAACACACAUCCACUACGUCCAUUGGUAUGAAUGUGGCAUAGCCAUACCUGGGCAAUGGUGAAUCAACUGCUACACAAGCAAUCAAGAAAAAGGAAAGACCAAAGGAACUGAGUUGUUAUAUUGUAUUGAUAUGGUUCCUUGUAUUCAAUGUAAGAUUCAAAUAGACCAUGUGAUUUAUGGAGUGUUAUUUUUAAGCCGCAUUAAAACGCUUAAAUAAUGUGGUACAAAGUGAACUGUACCCAUUCCAAGGCACAUAAUUGAAGUUAUUCCACACCAAAAUGCCUUUCAAGUAAAUAACCACACAGAUGGGCAGUAAAGAGGGACAUCAACAAGAUAUUGAAGCAAUUUUCUAACCAGCUUUCACUUAUUAAAAAAGGCCAGAUGAUAUAAAUAUGUGCUACUUUCAAAGUAGUUGUGGCCAUUGGAAAAGUGAUACAAACUUCUAAAUAUAUUAAAAUAAAUCAGUGCUCACUAUUGGCACAUAGUGCUGUAAAUAAACUGUAGCACUGCCCAGGAUUUUGGAAUCUUAAACUAACAGGCUACUUAGUCAAUACGUCCUUCAGUUUGCUUUAUUUAUCAGAACAAACCCCCUAAUAUUUCUUUGAAAACACAAUCUUUGAUAUCGGGAAGCUGGCUCCCUAUACCAUCAGUUCUGAAUAUAAUUGUUUAAAUGUUAUUUAUCAGGAAUGUAUUUAAAAACAGAACAUAAAUUGUAAGUUCUAUUCACAAAUUGUUGGAGAAGUUUUUUUUAAUUUAGAUGUAUUGUAACAAGUGAGCUUCAGGAAUGGAAUGGAAAAAUUACUCUCAUUGUGUACCCUGAAGAGCAGACGAUUCCUGUACCAAAUGUACCCAAAUAAUUAUGUAGUUGAUGUGUUGCAUUGUUCAAAAGAUGUAUUGAAAGCAGGCACGUGUGGGAACAUGCCUUGUUUCUGCUCGUUAAGCUGAUUACCACCUUAUUCUAUUCAGUACUGAACAAAACAUUUACAACCAGGAUAUGUUUUGCACAUCCAAUUUGUAAUUUUUUUUUGGUAAUGCAUGUAUAUAUAUAUCCACAUUAUGGUGAGCAUACCAGAAUGUACAUCCACAAAUAACCCCCUGGAACCAUCCAAUUACAAUAGUGCUCGCAGAAAUUGUAGGCUAACAAACAUACACACAUCCACUUAAUGAUGCUUACUACUGUUUCUCUUGCGGGUUUUCUUUCAGUAGUUUCAGAUACUUUAUUCCCUUGUAUUCUUAUGACAAAUGGAGAGGGGCAUUGCUAUAGUUUUUUUUUAAAGAUGUCUGCAAUUAGCAUUUACAUUGUAAGCAGCUUUGCUCGAGCACAUUUUUUACAUGCUUAAGGCUGAAUUACCCGCAUAGCUCACAAAGAUGCUCAGCACCAAACAUCUGAGUAUGCUCAUACUGGUGAGUUGACAUCGCCAAUCAAAUGUCUCAGCACAUGCAGUGAUGCUUAGCUGCCAGAUGUUUGGAUGCAUCCAAAUCCAAAUCCUUAAUUAUCAACAUUUAUCUCCUUUCCUUAAAGAGAUGUUUGCUCAUCUGUUCAUGCACAUCACAAAAGUGUUUCAUUAUUUUUUAAACAGUGUAGCAAGUAUUCUAAGAACUUAAUGGAAACACCAGACUACAUAAAAUCUAUAUGCCUGUUUAAAAGUUAAUAACAAAUGGCUGUUCAUUGUGGUAGACUGGGGGAAAGAUCUAGCACCAAAAGUCUAAAAUUGCCAGCUUUAGAUUGUCCGACCAGCCCGUCUAAGAGGUAUCUAAUCAAGCUUUUGUAGAACAGAGUUGUAAAGCAUUUAUCCAGGUCCCAACAGAAUCCCCAUUAUUGCAAACUAGCAGACAAACAUAAUCUUCAAAAUACUCAAUUACCACAACUUAAAAAAAAACUCAAGCACCAUUUCUAAGAAUCCAUAUAAAAAGGUUCAUUGUCAACCUCUGCUCCAAAUUGCUAAAAGCACAGACAAAUUUGUAACCAACUCUCCACAUAACUGGUGUUCAGGUGCCAAACAUUAACAAAUGCUCAGACAUUUAGCUUUGUUGGCCUUGCAAUUUAUUCAAGAUUUGUGGUGGGUUUUGCCUCAUAUUCCAAUCACAAAUGAAUACUAUAGGUUAAGUAAUGCAUACUAAUAUAUAGUUUUUUUUCCCCCAUGUGACAUUGUUAGUAACAAAUUUAUUUGUGAAAUGAUGGCUGCAGUUUGUAUUUAGAUUGUCAGCAGCCUUACAUAUGCAGAGUUUUUGAUAAAUUUUGCAAGGCUGCUUGCAGCAGUCAUUAAUGCUGUCAUACUCUUGAGAAUAAAAUAUAAUUGAAAUGUAAAAUUUAACGUGAAACUUAUUACCUGAUAGUGUUAUGACUGAAUAAACAUGCACACAUAUAA